AUAACACCUGAAUGAAUAAUAUCGUUCGUCUUGUGCUCGCGUUCAGUAGUCAAGGAAACCCAUUUUUUCUAUUGUGACAUUGCUGUGUUGAGUGUAACGCGUGUAGUGCAAUCGUCAAUUAAUUCGGUUGUCACUAAACAGGAAUUGUUUACAUGUUUUAUUGAGUACUAUGCACGUAUUUUCAGAGCCAGGGGGGUGGCGGCAGCUGGUUGCGACCAUUGUCGUCAACAUGACGACAUUCAUGAAUGGGGUGGCGAUGGGCUGGCUCUCCCCAACAGUGCCCUACCUCAAGAGCAAUUCUUCAACAGUAACCCUCGACCCAAUGACCGACAGUCAAGUCUCCUGGAUGACCGGUGCGACGUCAAUGGGUGCGUUAGUUGUUCUUCCAUUUUGCGGAAUGAUGUCCGAAUGUCUGGGAAGAAAGAUAACCGGAUGCCUUAUAGCCAUUCCCUUCUUUAUCUCCUGGCUGUUAAAAAUCAUUGCUACUCAUUACCUCUACCUCGUCGUAGCCCGUCUCUUUGUGGGAUUUAGUGCAGCCAUGUUCGGUAGUCUGGUGCCGAUCUAUGUUUCCGAGAUAUCAGCGACGAGUAUCAGAGGACAAUUGGGAAGUUUCUUGAUAUUUGCCUUGAACCUUGGUAUUGUCUCAGGAUACAUCCUGGGAGCUGCAUUCUCGUAUGCAGUAUUCGCAUCAAUUGUUUUAACACUUCCCGUUAUUUUCUUCGGGUUAUUUAUCUUCAUGCCGGAGACCCCCAUCUAUCUCAUCCGGAAGAAUCGCAUCACCGAAGCCACCAGAUCUCUGAUGUGGUUGAAAAGUAAUAAUGAGUCAGCUGCAAAGUUUGAAUUACGACAGCUGCAGAUGUAUGUCAAGGAGAAUGUUGAUACCAGCAAAUCUAUUGGAUUUAGAGAUCUCGUCAGGGACAGAGGGACGAUUAAAGGAUUUAUCAUUGCUUUAGUUCUCCUCGGAGCGCAAGAGGCAACUGGAUAUUCGGUGAUGAUAACGUACACUGCAGAAAUUCUCGCAUUCAGCGACGGCCUCCUCACCCCGAACUCCGCAACCAUAGUUGUGGGGAUAAUUCAGAUAUUUGGCUCAUGGUUAUCCAUCCUGAUAAUGGAUCGUGCAGGCAGGCGGUCAUUAAUAUUAAUUUCUUGUUCGGGAAUGGCCCUUUGCCACGCGACUCUCGGUGUCUUCUUCCUCAUCGAAAAAUUACCGCUCGACGUUUCCGCGAUGACGUGGAUUCCCGUGGUUACACUGCCGAUUUACGCAUUCGUUUGGAGCUUCGGGAUCGGUCCUAUAUCGUUCAUUGUAGCUUCCGAAGUUUUCAGGGCUGAUGUAUCCAGCAUCGCAACUUCCGUCGCCCUAGAAUUCAUGUGGAUAAUAUCAUUUGUAACGAUGAAAUUCUAUCCCACGGCUAGUGUUACCAUUGGAAAAUACAGCUGUUUCGGUGUUUUUGGAUUUUUCUCUCUAUUCACUUUCAUUUUCACCUACUUCAUUGUUCCUGAAACGAAGGGGAGAUCUAUCGAUGCUAUUGUCAAUGAAUUGAAUGGAUUUCCAGCAAAAAGUCAAGACAGAGAACGGCUCGAAGCCUGCAGCGAUAUUAUCUAAACGCAGGCAUUCACUGCAUCACGCCAAUGGUUUUUCAAUAACUUGAGGGGAUAUAAUUCAGUGACAUUGUAUGCACAAGUGUUUCGCUCAGCGGUAACUGAUAACGUAUUCAUGCUUAUUCAUAAUUAUUCUCUAUCUUUUAAUGGCAACUUCAUCAAAUAUCGCUUCAAAGAGCUCGAUUUUGUGGGGUAUACAUAUGAUUGCAUGAAAGAAUGAAAUUUACAUUCUGCACGGGAUAACAAGAAAAGUGUUUGCAACUUUACCAGUAUUUGGUUGAUCAUUGAUACUCAUUUUUUGUUGGACAUAAAUAAAAUCGACAGUGAAUCUAUCAUUAUCGAUGGUUAAUUAGGUAGUGACCUGGUUUUUUACACGUUUAUAAUUGAUGUUGUAAGAACGUACUAACUACUUCCCAACGUCAUUGAUUUCUAAUAUGAUGUGUUUUUGCUGUUGAAUCAAAGAUUUUAAAUUAGACAACAUCGAUUCUGAAGGCUACUCAACUCGUAUAGAAUUGUUGGUUGUUGUAUAACGUUUUGUUUUGUUUUUAUAAUUCAUUAGUCAUGUAUUUCCACGUGUCAGUGAAACUAUCGUAUGGAAAUAGCAAUAUUUUUCGAACAUGAAUAAAAACACCUGAAAGUACAUCAGA